GUAGCCGCAGCUCCAGGCAGUCAAAGCUCCGCGCGGCCAGCGAUGAGGUCCUAAUCAUCAUCUUCCUCUCCCCACAUCUAUACAUCACUUUGCCUUCCCUUCCCUCUUAUUUUCUCUUCUUCUGUCAUACCCUAGAAUAAAGACUGCAGCUAUGGAGGUACUACUCGGCAUCACUGGCAAGGACUUCGUCAUUCUGGCGGCUUCCAAAGCUAUCAUGCGCGGUCCUACCAUCAUCAAAGCUGAAGACGAUAAGACAAGACAGUUGAACAAGCACAAUUUGAUGGCCUUCUCCGGAGAGGCCGGAGACACUGUCCAAUUCGCCGAAUACAUCCAAGCCAACAUUCAGCUAUACACCAUGCGCAACGACACCGAACUAGGUCCGAAUGCGGUUGCCAAUUUCGUCCGAGGCGAGCUCGCGCGGAGCUUGAGAUCCCGGAAUCCCUACACAGUCAACCUUCUGCUGGGCGGAAUGGAUCCAAUCACUCAGAAGCCCCAUUUGUACUGGAUCGACUACCUGGCCUCCGUGGCGUCGGUACCUUACGCAGCUCACGGCUAUGCCCAAUACUACUGCUUGUCCACCCUCGAUAAACACCACCAUCCCGACAUCUCCCUCGAUGAAGGUCUGAAGCUAUUGGAAAUGUGCACGGACGAGCUGAAGCGCCGACUACCAAUCGACUACAAGGGGGUCCUUGUCAAGGUGAUAACCAAGGACGGCGUGCGGGAGGUAGAAGUUGAUAAUAACAGGGUUGUCAAGAGUGCCUAAUGUGUUGUAUCAUACCAAUGAUUGUCUUAUGUUUUCGGUUUACGGGACUUGGUUUUUCUAAGAGGAUCGGUCGGCAUGGCAGGAUAAUUCCCAUGAGUUUGACCAGGACGAACUAGUCUUGCCCAUGAUUUAGCUGAGGUAGAGACUUAUAACAACGACUUUUCGAAUA